CUACUGGGCCGACUCAUUCAUGUCUGGCUUCACUCUGAGUGUACCGGCUUGAGGACACCGGUCCCGGUCCGGCAGUAGAAUUCGCGCACCAAAUUGUACAUGUCUGGAAGCAUGAGGCCUAUCCAGCCAAGCGACUCUUCACCUCAUAAUUCCCUAAUAUAAGAAAGGUGUAGUCCUUCCAUGCAGCCGGACCGGAAGCGUGGGGCGAAAUUUCCGGCCAAGAUCGGGAGAAGCUCCCAUCGUGCCACGAAGCGUACCUGAUCUCGCCUCAUCCUCACACCGACAGUUUUGCAUGAGAUUCCACCAAUCCUCCGCCAUCGUCCUGCGUCGGUUUAAAUAGAAGCUAUACACGUUGUAAUUCCUUUGUGAUUUCUCAAUUCUGAAUACCAGGGCCACUUCUUGACAGCCUUAUCAGCCCCCGAGUCACACACGUCCGGUAUUGCAAUCUUGCAUUAUCUCCUGCAGCUAACGAGCUACCCUAGUCUACCCAUUCAUUACCUUUGGGUACUUUAUCAAGGUCAUUUCCGUCCAAGACAACCCAAGCUCUUCGGGAACGAGAUCCUCUCUGCAAGACCUUCAGGAACACAUACCCAACUUCAGUCAAAAUGGCCGAACCCAACAAUACACCCUGGCCCCCAGCAACACCACAAUCUCAAACUCCUCUCUCGGCGUCGCCUGUCCUCCACCCCCAUCCUGGCGGUCAAGUAGAACCCAUAACGGCAGCAUCGCAAGCACCAGCAGCAACAACGAACGGCACGCAUAAGCCCCGCGUCCUACAUAUCGGCGACCCCAUCAAGUACAACCCGGAAACCUACGCCGCCUUCUCCGCGCAAUGCGACAUCAUCCGCCCCUCGACGCCCGAACGCCAGCGCCCCGCAUUCGCCGCCGCAUUACGGGACGAUAAGUGGGGCGACUUCUCCGCCGUCUUCCGCCCGUUCUGGGGCACGGGCGGCGAGAUGGGUACGUGGGAUGCCGAGCUGGUUCCGCUGCUGCCGGCGAGCUGUCGGGUUUUUGCGAGUGCGGGUGCCGGGUUCGAUUGGGCUGAUACGCAACUUCUCGGUGAACGAGGCAUCAUCUACUGCAACUCGGGCCUCGCCGCCGCCGAAGCAGUAGCAGACUUCGCCGUCGCUCUCGUCAUCUCAACCUUCCGCCACCUCCCUUGGUGCACGGCAUCCGCCGCAGACCCGUCCGCCUUCCAAGACUGCCACACUCGCGCCACGGCCGCCUCGCACACCCUCCGCGGCCACGUCCUGGGCCUUGUGGGAAUGGGCAACAUCGGCCAGCAGAUCGCGCAGCGUCUCGGUGUCGGUUUUGGUAUGGAAGUGCACUACUUUGACGUCGUCCGCAAAGACCCAGUCAACGUGGAGGCCCAGUUUGGCGCGACAUUCCACGAGACGAUGGAGAGCUUACUGCGCGUCUCGGACUGUGUUGUGCUGUGCACACCUGCUGGUGGUAAGGUUAUUACUGCUGAGUCGUUGGCUUGGUUUAAGCCUGGGUCGAGGUUUGUGAAUAUCGCGAGGGGUAGCUUGGUUGACGAGGAGGCUUUGGCGGAUGCGUUGGAGUCUGGGCAGAUUGGGACUGUUGCGUUGGAUGUGCAUGCCGACGAGCCGAAGCCGCAUCCGCGGUUGCUCAAGAUGGCGGGGACGAAGGCCAUGUUGACAUGUCACAAUGCUGGAGGGACGGUUGAAACGCACAAGGGGUUCGAGGAACUGAGUAUGAGGAAUAUCAUGGCGGUGUUGGGGGGAGGGCAGCCGAUUACGCCUGUUAAUCUGCAUUAUCUGAAGCAGUGAAGGGGGAAGUAUAAUACGAC